ACGGACCGUUGGAGAGUAGACGUGAGUGAAGGAAACAAUGGGCGUACAUGGUCUUUGGCAGCUGAUUCAAUCUACUGGAAAGCCAGUCUCUCUCUUGUCCCUCGAAGGCAAAAUACUAUCAAUCGAUGUGAGUUUAUGGCUCCACCAUGCAGUCAAGGGAAUGAGAGAUAAGGAUGGAAAUCCUCUUCCAAAUGCACAUCUUCAGGUCCUCUUUUCUCGGAUCUGUAAGCUCCUAUUCUACAAGAUUAAACCAGUCUUCGUCUUUGAUGGCGGUGUUCCGGUAUUGAAGAAGCAAACACUGAUAUCAAGAAGAGAAAAUCGGGAAUUGGCAGAACAGGAAAGUACAAAAACAAAUCAAAAGUUGCUUCAAAAUUUGAUGAAAAGUCAAGCUGUGAAGGAAGUUCUAGGAGAUGAUGCAGGUCCAUCAACCAGUCAACCAUCAGCAUCCAAUAAGCCCAGGGAUAUGUUUGAUUUGCCUCCCUUACCUGUUGAAUUUCUAAGAAUGCAGGAAGAGUACAGUGGUUGGGAUGAAAGCGUUUCUGCACAGGAAGUCCUUGCUGAGGAUGAAUUAGACGAGAUAGAUAUUGACUCGGCAGACUUCUCCAGCUUGCCGUCGGAGUUACAACACGAAAUUCUCACAACUAUGAAAGAGCAACGUAAAUACAACUUGUCCACAAAGAUGGAUUUGCCAGAGGAUUCCCUUGAUUUUUCCAGUUAUCAAAUGGCAAAAAUUCUUAAACAGAAUAAGCUGGCUGCAAAGAUUGAGCAAGUUCGGAAAGAUAUGAAUGCUCCAUCCAAGUCUGAAAUAAGCUUGACACUUGGAGAUGAUUAUUACAGCGAAUCGGUGAUAGAGUCUCGGCGAGUUGUCUCUGAGGACAAAUCUCAUUUUGUUCUGAUCAAAGGAACAGGCAAGAAGCGACGAGAGGAGGAGUUGGACAAAGCAAAGAAGUAUGAAGAGGAGUUACAUCAAGCAGAGCUACGAGCAGUACAGGAGGAAGAAGAAAAGGCUAGAAAUGCAAAAGACAUUGUUUUAAAUGAAAGUAACAAAGUAGUUGGAAAGGCAGUAGAUAUGAAGGAGGCAGCGUCAACUGAAGUAAUCAUGGAUUUAAAAACAUUGAACACUCAACAAACAAAACAGUUGUCUCCAGAUAAAAUUGAAACUGAAUCAGAAAGCAAUCACGGAAUCGGAAUGAAAACUGCAGAACAGGAAGUGAAUGAGAAACCAGCGGACAAACGGACAGAAAUGUCUGGUGACAAGGACAGAAGUAGUAUUUUAAGUGAAGUGUUGAACAUGAAAAACAAACUACUGCAAAAAAUUUCUGCUGAUGAAGUCAAUGUGUCAGAAUCUUGUGAUAAUGGUAGACCUAUUAAUGUUAAUGAGUCUGAAUCUACACGCACACGUAAUCCGUGUCUAGCCACGGAGCAAUGCUCGCGCUUAAAUGAACAAACUAUAGCAGCCGAUAUUGAUAUCAAAGGUGAUGCCCAACCUUCCACAAGUCGAAGAGAAAAAGAAAUAAGUUUUGUCGAAAACACCAAACCUUCCAAAAGUUCUGAAGAAAAUGAAGAUACAUCUGUAGAAAUCUGCAAUCCGUCCAGUAGUACAGCAGAAAAGGAAAGUAUUUUUGUUGAACAUUCUGAACCGUCCACCAGCAAGGAUAACUAUAGUGGUCAUGUUGUAGUUUCAAGUGAUGAUGACGUAGUAGUGAAGAGGAGAAGACUGGGUUCUGACGUUACAAACCAACAGGAGGCUUCUGUUGCUGGCAAGGAUAGCAGUUCUGAAGAUGAAGGAUUCAUAGAGAUCUCCAUAGACACAAAAAAGAAUAGUGCUCCAGAUGACCUUUUUCCUGCCUCCAUGUUUAUGAGUGGAGCUAGUGAGGAUAAACAUACUGCACCAGCUUCUCCACCGGAGGUACAGAUACUGAUCCCUCCCUCACUGCCUGAGGAACAGAUAAUUAACCCUCCCUCUUCCACACAGGAAGUGUUCUCGAAGGAGGAGGAACUAGGCAUGGUGACUGCAGAUGGGCAGCUGAUGGAGACGGCGUCCAGUGAUUUUCAGGAACCAAAUCCAUUUCACGAUUUUACAGAGGAAGAUUUGCUUGAGUAUAAGGAAGAUCUUGAAGUUGAAAGCAGAAAUUUGCAGCAAGAACGUGGCAAACAAGACCGCCUGGCAACUAAUAUCACAGACCAGAUGUACCUCGAGGCCCAGGAGCUGCUGCAGAUGUUUGGCAUUCCCUAUGUUGUCAGUCCAAUGGAGGCAGAGGCGCAGUGUGCAUUCAUGGAUUUCACAAAUCAGACACAAGGAUCUAUUACUGACGAUAGUGAUGUCUGGUUGUUUGGCGGGAAUCGUGUCUACAAAAACUUUUUCAACCAGGCCAAACAUGUUGAAUUUUUCCAGAGGACCAAUAUAGAUAAUCAAUUAGGGUUGUGUCGAGAAAAGAUGAUCAAUAUUGCCUUGCUGUGUGGUAGUGACUACACCCUAGGUAUACAAAAGGUUGGUCCUGUGACCGCCCUUGAGAUCUUGGCAGAGUUUCCAGGGGAAGGAAUCCAGGGGCUCGCCAACUUCAAGUCUUGGUGGGAGGAAGCGAGACAUAGAAAAGGCAAGGACACCAAGAUCAGGAAUAAACUAAGACAACUGGAUAUCCAUGAAGGAUUUCCCAGUGAAGCAGUUGUAGAGGCUUACUUCAACCCAAAGAUAGACGAGUCGAAGGAUGCCUUCUCCUGGUCACGACCUGACCUUGACCUUCUCAGAGAUUACGCUAGAGAAAAAAUUGGCUGGGGAAAGGAGAAGGUGGAUGAAAAUCUCCUUCCUGUGAUGAAGAAGAUUAAUGAAAAGCAGAGCCAGGGAAGAAUUGACAAAUUUUUUCAACCAGAGACAUUCUUAGAAUCAAAAAAGACACAAAGCUCUCGUGUCAAACAGGCUUUAUCAAAGUUAACAAGUUCCUCAACAUCUGACCAAACUUCUGAACUUUCCCAAACUGAGGCAAGGGAGGCUCAUAUACAAAAAGCAAAAGAAGCUAUGGCAGAAAGAAGGAAAAAAAUGAAAGGUAAAGAAGUUGCUACAAGUCAAAGGUCAAAGGGUAAAGGUAAAGGUAAAGGAAAGGGCAAAGGCAAGUUGAAAGGUGAAAUGAAGAAGAAUGAAGGUAAGCGGUCUAAGUUAAUUAUUAAGGAUGUUGAGCUGUCGGAGAGUAGCUCAAGUGACGAAGUGGACAGUGCAUCUAAACCCAUGGUUAGCAGUUCAGCUAAAGUUGCAAUCCAGGUGAAGAGAGAUGAUUUGAAAUCUCUUUCCUGUCUGGAACCAGGAGGAUUUUGCCGAGAUGAUGAAGAUACAAGUGAGACUAUUGAACAAAAACUGAAAUCUUACUUUGAUCGCAUCGAGAAAGGAUUCGUAGGAAAAACUGAUAUGAAACAAAGUGAUAGAAAGACAAAAGAACAGAGGGGUAAACAAUCCUCUCAUCCUGUUGAUAAGGAAGCGUCUUCUUCAAGAGUUUCACGGAAGUCUAAAACUAAAGCUCAAUCAAACUUAGCCAGGAUUAACAUCUCUGACAGGUCGUCUGAUAGUGAUUAUUGAUGUAGACAAGUUGUCUGACCUGAUCUGUAUCUAAUACGGAGUUAUAACUUAAUGGUAAAUAUGAUUAUUGUUGGAUUGUGAUUGGACCCAAAUAUAAUGAUGUAAUUACCAAAAUAUAUCUAGUAAAUGUCAAAAUCAUUCUCAGGAAAUAAUUUUGUAUUUGUUAUGUUCAGGUCCGACAAUUUAAAACAUUUAAGAUUCUUAAUUAAGUUUUUAAUUUUGUUUACAAUAUUUUCAUUUCAAUUAUUCACAAAAAGUUCGACUUCAAAUAUUAAUUUGUGAAAAAGAAGUAAUGUUGAUUUAUAAAAAAGAAGUUUUAUUUAGAGUUCAUUUGAUAUUUGUUAAUUUAGUUGAUGAAAAUUGUUUUGAAAAGUUUGUGAUCAAAAUUAAAAUGCAUGCAUGCAUGAUUAUGUUUCUGUUUUGAUUGGUUAUUAUUUAUUGGUUAUUAUUUAUUAUUUAAUUUAUCUCACCUGAGUACAAUGAAAUUUUGGUGGUGAACCCAGGGAUCAAUAUUACAUUAUAAAGCAUUUUACUGUGAUGUUUAUUUCUUUCAGAGGUGAAAUAAUUUCCUAUACAAAUUUAAAUUCCAUGGCUUCAUUAGAUGUUAAUGAAGUCACCAGACAUUCAUUUCAUAUGAAUACCUGAAAGAAUUUGCUCAUAUCCUGAUGAAUAUGAACCGAUUUAGAAUAUUCCUGGAGUGUAAGUUUAUGUGUAACAGAUCAUCAUCAUGUGAUGCUAAGUUAUGUUCCAUGAAUGGGUAUCGUCUGUCUUUGAAACCAUUUAAAAUACACACACAAUACAUUUUCAUGAAGAUAUAAGUAGUUAGCUCAUUUUGAUUUAUAGGUUUCAGCAGAUUUUGAAAUGGGUUUCAACUGAUUGUGAUAAAAAUUUCAACUGAUUUUGAGAAAAGGUUUC